GGACCGCGCCGCGUCGGGAGGCAACGGAGAGGCCGGGCAGCGGCGCAGGAGGAUGGAGGGUGGCGAGCGGCUCCUCCCCAAAGGCUUCCCCAAGCUGAAGAAUGACACGUUCCUGCGAGCGGCACGUGGGGAGGAGACGGAGCACACCCCGGUGUGGUGCAUGCGGCAGGCGGGGCGCUACCUGCCAGAAUUUCGGGAGACACGGGCAUCACAGGAUUUCUUUGCCACUUGCCGGAGCCCCAAAUUGUGCUGUGAGCUGACACUGCAGCCACUAAGGCGAUUCCCCCUGGAUGCUGCCAUCAUCUUCUCUGACAUCUUGGUGGUGCCCCAGGCACUGGGCAUGGAGGUUGUCAUGGUCCCUGGCAAAGGACCCACAUUCACAGAGCCCUUGAAGGAGGUGGAGGAUCUGCUGAAACUGCGUCAGAAGGUGGAUGUCACCGCAGAGUUAGGUUAUGUCUUCCAGGCCAUCACACUGACACGACACAGCCUGGAGGGCAAGGUGCCCCUCAUUGGCUUCUCAGGGGCACCGUGGACGCUCAUGUCCUACAUGGUUGAAGGUGGUGGCUCCACUACAAUGGCCAAGGCCAAGAGCUGGCUCUACCGUCACCCGGAGGCAAGCCACCAACUGCUACGGCUGCUGGCCGACAUCAUCAUCGACUACCUGGUGGGGCAGGUGGCUGCUGGAGCGCAGGCGCUCCAGCUGUUUGAGUCCCAUGCAGGGCACCUAGGCCCGGAGCUGUUUCAGGACUUUGCCCUGCCUUACAUCCGAGACAUUGCCCAGUCUGUCAAGAGCAAGCUGAAGGAGGAGGCACUGCCCCUGGUGCCCAUGAUCAUCUUUGCCAAGGAUGCGCACUAUGCCCUGCGUGACCUUGCCCACGCUGGUUACGAGGUUGUUGGUCUUGACUGGACCAUCCGGCCCCAGGAAGCUCGUGCACAGAUAGGAAAACAUGUCACCCUGCAAGGGAACCUGGAUCCAUGUGCUCUCUAUGCACCCAAGGAGAAGAUUGGCGAGCUGGUGAAGAAGAUGCUGGAGAGUUUUGGUACACAACGUUAUAUUGCUAACCUGGGCCACGGCCUCUACCCUGACAUGAACCCUGAACAUGUGGGUGCCUUUGUGGAAGCCGUGCAUGCUCAUUCCCGUCACAUCAACAAGCACAGCUGAGCCUGGGGCCUCUGGAACAGGACUCUGGUUUGGGCAUAGUCACCUGUGUUGUCACAGGGCUCACUCUAGGCCGGGCUGCAGCAUUAAACCAGGACCUUCUUGCAGCAGCCGUGUGGCUCUGGCUGGGGAUGGGGAACUGGAGGGCCCUGAAGGAGAUGGGGGCCCUGGGAAGUCAUGGCAGGCUGCUGGAGGAGCACGUGUGGUGAGGGGGAGCCCUUGAGUCCCAUCCUGCAGAUCAAAAUGGGGAAACGGGGAUGGCAGCAAAUUGUGCAGGAUGCCUCUCCCUGCCAGGCUGCAGCAUCCAUGCUUGCAACUGAGGAUGUGAGCCCAGAACACAACAGCCAUCUCCUGAGGAUGGAUGUGCUCAGCCCUGCUAGGGAAGGUGGGCUGCCUGAGGCUGGCAGGAUCACAGCCUGGGAGCUUGGGGCUCACAGCCCACCACUGGCAGAGGCUCAGCAUCAGCUGUCCCACAGUCCUGCUCAAGUGGGAAUGGGCAAUGUGUUCUCAAGCCAGGAUAGUCUCAAGGGGCUGGGAGACCCAGCAAGGCUCACCUGGGAGACAGCUGGCAAAGUGGCAGGAGGACCUCUCACACACUACCAGCACCCUGCCACAUUGGCUGGGGUGGCAGCAGAGGCACCAUGGCACUCCUCCUCCAGCUCCCAAAGCCUCUUUAGGACCAUCCCCCUGGUCCCGGAAUGUUCUCCCAUGCACAUCCCCAUCUACUGCUCUGAUCCUCAGGGCCAAGCUUGCCUGGGGCUCAGCAAAUCCUGCAAAAAGCAGCCCAGGAACCCUGAGUUACAGCUCCUUGCCACCCCAUCCCACACUGCAGCACACUCACUGUGGUCCAGGCUGGCAGCAGGAUGGACCAAGAUAAUGGGCAGAAACGCUACUCUAGCUGGCAUCAAGAGGGCAGUGUCUCCAGCAUGGGCAAGGACCUGCUAGCGCUGUACAUGGCAGGGAAUUGCACCCAGAGGCAGCUGGGGUGGUUUGUCCUCACUCUGUCCCCCUCCUUGGGGCACAGGAGCUGGCUACCACAGGGGGCUGUGACACUGCUCUGCACAAGUCUGGUGACCCCCCUGACUGAGGGAAAGGCAGGAGAGACACAGGCAGUAAUGUUCAUCCCUUUUAUUAUUAAACAUCAGAUGAAGAGGUCGCACACACACAUACACGCACGCACGCAAAAGAAAAGGAAAAAAAAAAAAAAAAAAAAAUGGGGAAGGAAAAAAAAGAGAGAAACAGACUGCUUGAAGACCGCUAUUUUGGUGGCGACACAGACCGAGUACAAUUGGGUUCCUGGCCAGAGCACGGACACAAGUCACUUGCCAAACAAUUAAACCAGACA